CAGUCAGAUUAGGUUAGAUUAGGUUAUAAUCAUGUUUUGCUAGGUAAAAAACGCGCCAGAUGUUACGUUCUCUCCGACCGUUUAAAUCAAUUACUGCUAUUCAAAAUAAUGGAAUAUUCAGAAGAAGGUGAAACACUAAAGGAUAAAUCCCGCUGUGCAAACAUUCGUGCUGAUUUAAAGAUGUGUCUGCUUGAAAGUGAUUGUUGUAAGAUUCAUAAGCGUACACCCAGAGAAUGCCUUAGGAUGUACGAUGGUACAGUACCUGAUGAAUGUUUUGCUUUGCGUAUCACCUUCUUUGAAUGUAAACAUUCUAUACUUGAUGGAAGACGGCGUUUUAAGGGUCCCAAAGGUUAUUAGUUACAAAGUAAGAUAUAUUUUAUUUCUUAUAUAUUUUAGUUGCAUUUCCACUGAAUAUUUUGUGAAGAAAUAUUCUUAUAAAUAUCAAAGAAUAAAAUUUGGGAAAUGCAAGCAUGACUCAUUGAUGAAGGCAGAAAAGAAAUAUGAUUUAAUGUUAGAAGUGAUUUAUUAAUUCUUCGUCAUAUUCGUUGUACACGAUUUUAAUAAAUGUAUCAUAUUUGCGAAGCAACAA